AUGAGCUUGGUUGGUCCAUUGCCGCUCAAAGCGGUGGCUCCCCUCCGUAUGGUUUCUGCUUGCCAAAGACGGAGGUUCUCUCAAGCAUCAAGUGCGCAAUCGAAAAGACCAUCUAUCGCACCGAGGAAACAACAGCAGAAUGCACCGCCAAUACGAUUCUUCCAUGCGUCCCCGCCCACAUAUGCAAUGACCGACCCCUACAGGACCCUCGGCGUCGAUAAGAGCGCUUCCGCUGCCGACAUAAAGAAAGCAUACUAUGGCCUAGCUAAAAAGUACCACCCUGAUACGAACAAGGAUGCUGGUGCGAAGGAGAAGUUCGCUGCCGCACAAUCUGCAUACGAAGUCCUUUCCGACGCAGAGAAGAAGAAGGCAUUCGACUCGUACGGCGCUGCUGCGUUCGAUCAAAACGGCGGUUUUAAUCCAGGGGCGGGCGCCGGUAGCCCGGGAGGAAAUCCCUUCGGAGGAGGAUUUGGCGGGUUUGGUGGAUUCGGAGGUGCACAGGGCGCGGGAGGCUUCCAGGAUAUCAACUUCGAAGAUCUCUUCGGAGCUUUCACAGGAGGGCGAAGAGGAAGAGGAGGCGGAGGAAGGCGAAACCCGUUUCAAGAAGAGAUAAUGGUUGGUGAUAAUAUCGAAGUACAAACGAAUAUCUCGUUCUUGGAUGCUGCAAAGGGCGUUAAAAAGGAUAUACACAUCACGCCUAUGGUCGAGUGCGGCACAUGUAGUGGCAGCGGAAUGAAGUCGGGGGCAAAGAAAUCAGAGUGCACGAGCUGUGGCGGGACUGGUCAAAGGAUCACGAGCAUGGGUGGCUUCCACAUGAGCGCAACGUGCUCGUCUUGUGGAGGAUCUGGGCUCGCAAUACCGAGAGGCUCAUCAUGCAACACGUGCAGCGGCAACGGCGCGGUCAAGGAUCGCAGAACGAUCACAAUCGAUAUCCCCGGCGGCGUAGAAGACGGCAUGCGGUUGCGCGUUAGUGGGGAAGGAGAUGCGCCGCUCACUGGACAAGCCAUGUCUUCCGGAGCGGUACGAGGCCAGAAGGGAGAUCUUUAUGUGCUCAUCCGAGUAGCAACCGAUUCCAAGUUCAAGCGCAACGGCUCCGACAUCCUCCACACAGCGACACUCCCGUUCACCACUGCUAUACUUGGAGGUGAAAUCAAGGUACCGACACUAGACGGAGAUGUCAUGGUCAAGGUCCCCACAGGCUCGGGAACUGGCGAUCGGGUCACACUCUCAGGCAUGGGCAUGAAGAUCUUAUCGUCCGGACGCAGAGCGGGCAAGGGCGAUCUGAAGGUGGAAUUCAAGGUCGCAAUGCCAAAGUACCUGAGUGUUAACCAGCGGACGAUUCUCGAAAUGCUGGCUGACGAGAUGGGCGAUGAGCAUGCGAAACGCGUGAUCAAUCCGGGCAAGAUGAGGGAAGAGCAGCAGGCUACAGAGAAGCGAAAAGUCAGGGAAGCGUUGUCAGAUGCUCAUGAUAACGAAAGCUUUUUGAAGAGCGCAUGGCACAACAUUACGGGACAACACAAGUAUUUGAGCAAGGAGGAACAGGCGAAGGCAAACGAGAAGAAGGAUGACGACGAACCGAAGAAGGGGUCUGGUUCAGCGUGA